UCUCAACCCCGGCCAACCCCCAUUGUCUUGUUUUCUUGCAAACUGUUUAUUGAGUCUGCUGCAUCUCCCCAGCGCUGCUCAGCUACGUCACCCUGCACAGGGAGCUCCUCCGGGCCUGCAGGGGGCGCCGUGACCCGCUUCCGGGUCCCUGCGACCCGUUUCCGGGUUCCCACUGUGACGUCAUUUGCGGAAGCCUCCGUCUGGUCUGUGCCGGGCAGCGGGGAAGAGGCUGAGGAUGAGGCGUCAGUAAGAGACCGGAGACGCCGAACUACGCCGGGAGAAAGCGGCGGCCCUCCGUGGGCAGACAUGAAGACCGUGUUCGUGACCGUGGGGACCACCAGCUUUGACGAGCUGAUUGAAAGCGUUACGUCCUGCGAGGCUGCGCAGGAGUUAAAGGCUCGUGGGUACCAGCGUCUGGUUCUUCAGGUUGGAAGGGGUUCUCUUCUUCCAGCCGCUGACGCCUGUCCCCAGCUCAGACUGGAGGCUUUCCGAUUCAAAGACUCCAUUGCAGAGGACAUGAGGCAGGCUGACCUCGUCAUCAGCCACGCAGGAGCAGGAAGCUGCCUGGAGGCUCUGGGUGCCGGUAAGCCUUUGCUGGUGGUGGUGAAUGACAGGCUGAUGGACAACCACCAGCUGGAUCUGGCCAGGCAGCUGCACCAGGACCACCACCUGCUGUACUGCACCUGCAGCACCCUGACGGACACGCUGAGGAGCAUGGACCUCUCUGCCCUGCAGCCGCUCCCACCCGGACAGCCAAAGAACUUUGCCAGCUUUCUGGACAAGGCCCUCGGGGUUAAAUAAAUGUGCAUAAAACAAGUGAUCCGUCACGCAAAGGUGUAAUAAGUUUCACGCUGUCGUUUUGAGGACGAUCUGAUUGUACAGUAGACGGUUUACAAUGUUUUAUAUUUUUGUAAAUUGUAAUAACAUACGCCUUACUAAAAUUUAAUCUUCUGGUUCACUGAAUUGUGAUUAAAUUAACUUAGGUUGAGAUCUUUUUUUAUAGAAAAAAAGAUUUUUGAAAAUCUCUUCCAUAGGCUUUUUAAAAAACAGUUUAAAAGUGUCACCAUAAAUAUAUUUAGUGCAAAUUGUGUGGAUUUUGAGAGACAUGAAAGGCAUAUUCUGGAUCAAACAACAGUGGUUUAAAAUCGUAACCUUGAAGGUUGAUUAUCAUGUCCUUCAAAACCAAGCACAGCCCUCAGCUUUUUUUCAGUUACAGUUUGUUCACUGGAAGACGCGUCGUUUAACAGGAAAUUAUGGGUGAAAAGCAGCGCGUGCUGGUUUGUUACAGUAACCCUGAAGAGUGUUUACUGAGGAGUUCUGAGUCACAACAGGAAGCAUUUUUCUCAAAUCUGCUAAGUAGACUUCAGCUGCUAAAACAUUUAUCAGCAACCGGCAUCAAUCUCCAACCAGUUCUUUAUUCUAUCAGGAAAAGAAACAAUUUGUUAAAAAUUUGGUCUCGUCCCAAUUUAAAUAUGUUUUAAAUAUGUUUUGUGACAAGACAUGAGUCAGAGGGCUGUUGUGCUGUAGACAGAAAGUCCCGGCUGCUCUCCUCUGAAGGUAUUUCGCUGGAAUCAGGGAUUCCCUGCAGCAUUUAGAAUGGCAGCCUUUUUCACUUCCUCUUCAAUCGACAGCGUCGUAGCUGCCUAACCUAAACUGGCAGCUUCUGAGGAACACAACUAAUGAAACAAGAUGGCUCCACUUUUUUAAGUGUGGCCGAAUCAGAUGAGCCAUCCAGUUUCAUCAGCUCAACACAAGCUAUGGGCGCUUCAGCCGUGAUAAAGGCUACAGCACCUAAAACGAAGAGAAUUUAUUCCAGGCACGGGACUGAAACACUCACAAAUUGGACCUAAUAGAAUUAACGAAGGACAGAAAAUAACAUCUAAUGAAGCCCUUUACUUCUGGAUUUCACAGUACGUUUCCCUGAAAAACCACACACCUGGUCCAACGCUUUUCCUCUGUAUCAAUUCAGUACGUCCAGAAGCUUUCGGGUAAUUCAGUUGUUGACUGUGCUACAUAAGAAUCUGUUUACAAGGGGGAUAUUUUAGGCCACAGUCUGAUUCAGCGGCCUCGGCCCGAAACACAAUGUGAUUCACAUGAUGUUUGUGCCCUCUGCAUGCAAAUCUAAUAAAGAGGGACAUGCUACUAAAGCGAUUAGCUCUCUAAAGGUCGCAGUGCCUUCAUGUCUGACUGUCAUGUUCUACCUGUAGAUGCGCCCAUACAUGAAAAAUAUUUCUAUAAGUUCAUGAAAUCUUAAUAAGAAUAGAAUAUAAAAUCCUUUGUCAAUCACACAGUUGGGAGAUUCACUUGUUACAGCAGUUACAACCUAGUUACUACCUAGUAAAUACAAAAAAAUAAAUAUAUACCAAUAUAACAUUUUUGUAUACCUUUUGAAAAUACUUAAUUCACAGUUCGAUGUAUGGAAUAUAUUCUUGCAUAAAAGAUGAUAGAUAAAUGAUGGAACUGUACUUACUGUCGGUAGAAAAGUGUGCAAUAAGUGUUUGCAUGUUUGCAAAUGGUAAGAAUUUGGCUUUUUUUUCUCCUAACCUCAUUCCUCCAUUUAGUUUUUCUUGAAAUAAUUUCUUAAGAAGACAAUUCGAUUCUUUCCCAUUAAAUUAGAGAG